CUGCAGAACUUCCCACUCCCUUCCUGGUGGGUCACUGACUCAUUGGUGGCCAACUGCAGUCCAACGCACUGUUGACUUUAUUCCGAUAGUGGCUCAAUCGAAUCCACCCUAGGGUCGGACCAGCAGCCAUCUUGGGAGACCUCCUCCUUGGGAUUUCUGGGAAAAAUGGAGCCGGGUACAGACCUUAUAUUGUGAUGCUCCCGCAAAAUCUUUUCUUUUUCUUCGUGAUUUUGUUUUUUGUUUUCUUAGCUAGGUACUUUCUUCAAUUCAAGCAUUGCUUUUGUUUCUUAUAGAUACCCAUUCUCUUUCCAAAUCAAAUUUCUAAAGAAUCAUCAUGUGUCAAUCCUCCUGGCAUGAUUUCCUCCUUGGUCUCCCCAAGUGCGAGCACCACGUGCACUUGGAAGGCUGUCUCACCCCGGAGUUGAUCUUUCAGUUGGCCGAAAAGAACCAGGUUCAACUGCCUGAUCCCAAGUCCGAGCCUGCCUACGAGUCGAUCGAGACCCUGACUAGCAGAUAUGGUCACUUUUCCUCCCUGGACGAUUUCCUCCACUUUUACUUUAUCGGCAUGUCUGUGCUUAUUCAGGAAUCUGACUUUGCCGAUCUGGCCUGGGCUUACUUCAAGAAGGCCCACGCUGACGGCGUGCACCAUGCGGAAGUCUUCUUCGACCCGCAGGUCCACCAGGACCGUGGCAUCCCGUACGAGACCAUCGUGGCCGGCUUCGUGGCCGGCUGCAAGCGCGCCGAGCAGGAACUUGGCCUCUCCACUCGCCUCAUCCUGUGUUUCGUCCGCCACCUUCCCGUCGAGUCUGCAAAGAAGACCUACCAGAACAUCCUGGACAACAACCACUUCGAGACCGAGGUGAUUCACGGUCUCGGCUACUCGUCCUCUGAGGUCGGCCCUCCCAAGGACAUGUUCCGCGAGAUCUACCUGUCGGCGUCAGCCAAGGGCGUGCGUCUCACUGCCCACGCCGGCGAGGAGGGUGACCCUACCUAUAUCAGCGCUGCGCUGGAGAUGGGCGCGACCCGCAUUGACCACGGCAUUCGGCUCGUCGAGGACCCUGCCCUCAUGGAGCGCGUGGCCCGCGAAAGCAUCCUGUUGACUGUCUGCCCUCUGUCGAACGUUCAGCUCAAGUGCGUCAAGUCGGUCGCAGAGGUGCCCAUUCGCAAGUUCCUCGAUGCUGGUGUCAAGUUCUCGCUCAACAGCGAUGACCCGGCGUACUUUGGCGGUUACAUCCUGGACAACUACUGCGCCGUCCACGAGGCGUUCAACCUCUCCGUCAAUGAGUGGAAGACCAUUGCCGUCAACAGUGUCACCGAGAGCUGGAUUGGCGAGGACCGCAAGAAGGAGUUGCUGCAGCGCAUUGAUGCCCACGUGGAGAAGUAUGCUACUCUGGCUUAGGAUAUCGUCGUCCACAGAUAUACGGUCC